UUUGGUUCGCUGCAUUUGGCCCAACCAGGCCCACGGGGUGCAGCACUUGGACGUUUGGUUGCCUGCACCGCGUCCAGGGCCUGGCCCCCCUCAUGCAUUUUUGCCCCCACCGCCUGCAUCUGGAGAAACGCCCGUGGACUUCGUUUCUUGGGAGCCAGGCGCGUGAGGUGCAAGCGCGGGCGAUGGCGGCCAGAAAUUUUGGCUCCGCGCGUGCAGGCGGGAGAUGGGGAGGCGCGCGUGGGAAUCCUAGGGUAACCGCCCUCCCUUUCCCGCCAUCGCUCCUCGUUAUAUGCUCACCGUCGCCGUCCCUCUCCUCCAUUCUUUCGCUCGCGCUCGCCCUCUUCCUCUCCGCCUUCUCUGCUAUUUCCUGCUGUCUGGUCGCCGAGAUCCUCAUCGUAGUAGUAGGUAAAUCAAACCUUCCUCCCUCUCGAUAUGGAUCCAUGGUGUUCGGUUGCUUAUCUUUGUGUUCCCCCUCUCGAUUCGGAUCCAUGGUCUUCGGUUGCUGAUUUUGGUGUUCCCCCUCUCACCCGCCUCAGAUCUUGUCAGGUAAACUCAAAUCCGCCUCAGAUCAGGUGAUUUCCUCCCUGUCCCUCUCCGUUAUAUGUUGAUUUACUUAUGUAUUUUAUGCCUCCCUGCGCCUAUUUCAUUUGUUUUUGGUUUUAUGUUAGGGUUUGGUACUGAUGACAAUGUUACUGUGUAGAUCCUACUUCACCUUGGCUCGCAUCGUGUGAUUCAGGCUUUCCUGUGACGGUUGUGUGCUUGGAUUACGCGGUAAAAAAAGUUUUACCCAGCUCUUGUUUUUGGCCUAUGAUGUUUAUGAUACUGUGAUUUGAAGCACAUGUUCUUAGCGGAUGAUGCUUGUUUAUUUACUGUCAUUUGUAUUCUGAAAGUGAGCACAAGUUCUUGGCCUAUGAUAGUACCUUGUAAAUAUUAAUCUGAGCACAUGUUCUUAGUAUAUGAUGUUGAUUUUUAAUGUGAAUGGAAGUAGUUUUGAGUACUUGUGCAGUAGGCGAUGAUGCAAAUCCUUUUAUGAGCACCUUAUGAUAGUUGCAAAUUUAUUGUUGCACUACUGGUACUUGUUACUGAGUCAUGUUUUUGCAAUUUGUACUGGUAUAGAUGAAUCCUUUUGAGGAGGGACGCAUGCUUGUGAUAAAGUAAUUGAAGCCACAUGGGUACCAAAUCCUAGUAAUGAACCCUGAUGAAGUAAUUGAUAAUGCAGCAUGGGGUCUUUGAAGGGAUGAAAUAGCUGAUGCCAUGUGGAACAAUAGGGGCCACUACCAUGUGUAGGUCUUGCUAUGUUGGUUGCUCUGUUGAAUUUUUAUUUCCAGUUUGCUGAGUCUAUGUACUUGUGCAAUGAUGUAAUAAUUCUGUACCUAAGGCUAAGGACAUGUGCAAUGAUGUUUCAAUAUUGUAGUACUCUACUCAAUUUAGCUGAGGCCAAGAACUUUGUGCAAUGAUAAUUCAAUCCUCUGUGCCUUGCUAUUUUAAUUAUCUGAGGUUAUGCACAUGUGCUAUGAUGAUUCAAUAUUGUGACUGAGGCUAUGAAUUUUUUUCUCUGUUCUUUACUCUGUGCUAUGAUGAUAACCAUGCAUCUUUACUGAUAAAGGCAAUUAGUUGUGCUAUGAUAAUUUUGUUUUCUUGCUGAGCCUAUGCAUUUGUUUUCUGUCCUUUACUCUGUGCUAUGAUGAUAACCAUGCAUCUUAAUCCUACUGUUUACUUUACUGCUGACUGAGGCAAUGUAUGGCUGGCACAAUUAGGGAAUGGCUCAGGAAGUGAAUAGGGUUGACCUGGACGAGGUUCCUGAGGUUGUCACCCAGGUUGGUGGGGCUCAGCAAGUUGAAGAGAGUGCUGAGCAGCGCACUAGGGGUGCUAUGCGCUGGACUAGUGCCAUGUCUAAGUUUGUGCUAAAGCGUACGUGCCAGCUAAUUGAGACUGGGGUUAGAACUGACAAGGGAUUCAAAGAAGUCCAUUUGAACCAAGUUGCCAAGUACUUGCAGGAGUUUACUGGCAAUGAGCUUUCUGGGACUCAAGUCUAUAACCAUUUGAGGAAGUGGAGACAGAGGUGGGUGAGGGUGUCCAAGCUUAGGGAACUCAGUGGUGCCCUAUGGGUUGAUGAUGUGUGCAUGAUUAGCUUGGAGGAGGAGCACUACCUGGGACACAUCAAGGCUCACUCCAAGGAUGCCGAAUUUCUCAACAAGCACAUAGAAAACUACAAGAAGAUGGAGACCAUUUUUGGGAAUGGUUUGGCCACUGGCAAGUAUGCCAUGGGUUCCAAUGUGGCUUUAGGUAGCCCUUCUGACUUUGCUAAUGGCUUUGUGAAGACUGAACCAUGUGAUGAGGAUAAGUCAGCAAAAGUUAUGGAGGAUGCUGCUUCCUCCUCCUUUUGUGCAGUUCCUUCUUUUGUACAGGACAGAGCUAACUGGAGCUUGCAACACUUUGCUCCUAUUCUUUUGGUUUGAGAUAGGAUACCUAUCUCAGUGUUCUGAGAUAGGAUACCUAUCUCUUUAGGUAGUUACCUCAUGGUUGGGUUAUGUGGUUUAGAUGUAGGUCUCGCUGCUAGUAGCUGAAGGUGCCAGUUGAUGAUGCAGUAGCUCAGUGAAGAUGUAUUUGAUCAGUCAGUUACAUUGCUUGUGAUGUCAUGAACACUUGAUGCUUACCUUCUAUAUUCGUGCAUGAUCUGAGCACAACUCAUUUGCCUGUUAUGAAGAUUUGAAUGAUGCAUGCA